CAGCGCCAGAAAAUUUUCCAUUACAGAAAAUUUUCCGCUCCACAUCACUGCUAAACACACAGAGCAGUGUCUCAUUUCUCAUUAGGAGCUAGAGAGAGACUGGAAGCUUUUUGUAUCAAAAUCAGUUCAGUUUUUGAGAGGAUACUUUGUGCUUUUGGACUGUAUAUUGAAUUAAUCACCAUGCCUAACCAGAAAAAAACUGGUGUGUGGCACCACUAUAUAGAAAUCAUUGAAGGGAGGAAGAAAGUUGGUCAAUGUAAAUACUGUGGCCAGACAUACGCGAAUAAUGCAACAAGGAUGAAGAGGCAUCUGACAAUAUGCAAGAAUUGUCCGGAAAGAAUACAAUCCUCAUACAAGAAGCUACUGCAGUUAAGUGCUGGAACAACAUCUGGGAAAAGUCUACUUCAGGAAUUAAUUGAACUGGGUAACUCAAGUGAAACAGCGAAUUUGCCAAACAUGAAAACUGAAAGUGUUGAGCCGCCAGCUCUGGGGAAGGGAGAAACAGCAGGACCUUCUUUUUCAAGGUCAGUGACACAAGAUAUGCCAUCUGUAGGUAGCCACUCAAGACAAUCAGAUUUUUUAGCAAACUUUGUGGACAAAAUGUCAAAGGAAGAUCAAGAAAGAGCAGAUGAGACAUUAGCUCGAGCUAUAUUUGCAAGUAGUACGUCUCUUUCCAUAGUUGAAAAUCAAUACUGGAAGGAUCUUUACAAGCUAAUUCGCCCAUCAUAUAAAUUGCCAUCACAUUAUCGCUUAGCACAUCCUCUUUUAGACAGAGAGUACAACAGAGUUCAAACAAUGGUAGCUCAAAGGAUCAGCCGAGCAGAAUCGCUGACACUCGUGCCAAAGAGAUGGACUAAUACACAAGGAAAUUCUCUUCUCAGCAUUAUGUUUGCAACACCUGAAGCAAUAUUCCUCAAGCAAUUGCUACCAAACCUUCUCAUCAUACUGGUGAAUACAUAGCCAACAUACUGGGUGAAGAGAUUGAAAGUGCAGGUCCACCCAGGGUACAAGCCCUUGUAACCGACAAUACGAGUAACAUGAGAGGCACAGGGGAAAUAUUAAAGUCAAAGUACCCACACUUAAUAGUAUUUGUCUGUUCUGCUCAUGGGUUGAACCUUUUGGCGAAAGAUAUCUUAAGUGCUAGUACGGUGAAAACAAUACUGGCAAACGGCAAAGCAAUUGUGAAGGUAUUCAACAAUCACCCAAUAGCUAAUCAGGCACUGAAGAAAAUACAGAAAGAGAAGCAGGGGGUGGAAAGUACCCUUUUAUUGCUAUCAGAAACUAGAUGGAGCUCAGCUAUCAAGUGUUUAGAGAGCCUGCUGCUUACAAUGAACUGUUUGCAACACGCUUCAACAGAAGAAAUGCUAUCCCAGAUUAUUCCUCAGAACAUUCGUAAACAGAUUCUUGAUGACGUGUUUUGGGUUAAAGUUCAAGAUGCAUACAAUUUGCUACUACCAAUUUCAGAGGCUACUGAGAAGCUUGAAGAUGCACCAAUCCUUUCAUAUAUUCCAGAGAUGUUCAGAAAGCUGAAUGAAAAUCUAAUUCAGCAUCUGCCUUCUUCACCUCUAUCUAAAGAAGAGGCGGAAGUAAUAAAGGAAGGAUUCACGAAAGUAUCUGAGAUAUGCUCCCAUCCAGUUCAUCUGGCAGCAAAUCUACUGGACCCUCAGCACUGUGGACAACAUUUAUCAGAAUCUGAUAUAGCCAGUGCUCUUGAUAUAAUUAUGGAACUAGCUAAGAACAUCCCUAACAUUAAUGAAAGAGCUGUGAUGGCAGACAUUGCUGAAUAUCGUGCAAAAGAGAAACUUUGGAGCCAAGACAUUGUUUGGCGGGCAUCUGAGGCUGUUUCUCCCCUCACAUGGUGGAAGGGAUAUUGUAACACCCGGCAAUUGUCCAGGAUUGCUGUAAGGAUCUUCAGCAUUCCACCAACAGCCACUUCCUGUGAACGGAAAUGGAGAACUUUUGACGCAAUCAAGACAAAGAAGAGGAACAGACUGACAAAUGAACGCACUGCUAAGCUUGUUUCUGUUUCUCUCUUGCUGCAGCAGGAGAACCAGUUACAAGCACAACUAGUGAGCAGGUUGAAGUGUGAUAAAUUGCCUAUAGACUCCUUGCAGAUUAAAUCAUUAUUCGGUGAAAGAGAACGUGGCUCAACAAGUUCUGAGUCAGAUUCACCUCCAUUUGGAGUGGAAUUCACAAGAAGUGAGAGUGCCUCUACAGACAGUGAAACUGAAGGAGCCCCUCAAUGAAAGUAGAUCGAAGGACUUCAGUGACCUAUCAUGCACAGCUCUUAGUGGAACAGUUUUCUCUACAUUCAUGAUUCCCUCCUUCAAAUUUAAACAAUGUAAGAGAAGUCAAUACUUUUUAAUUCUUGGUGUCUAAAAAUAUUUACAAGUACCCUAAUCAAAAUAAUUUCCAUGUAAAGCUUUGGAUUUUUUAGAUAUAUAAAUAGUCUGUAUAAAAUAUUUUUUCCUA